AUGAGCACGAAAGGAGAAUGCCAAGGAGCACAGGAGUUUGAGCAUUUAAGCUCUCCUUUUGACUCAGGGGGGCCUUCCACCACUUCGACUGAUGCGGACGCGGCGAAAUCCCCUUCUUUCUUUUUCGGUGAAAAUGCCUUUUUGUUCAUCUUCCACCAGUAUCAGGCCGGGGAUGAAAGACAAGCUACAGUACUCGUGACACGAGGGCGAAAGCCCAUUUCAAUCCACCACCGGAAUGGAUUCUUUCGCUCAAUCGCCUACAAUUCAAAGCAGCUCGCUCUCGGGGCAUAUCCCUGGUUGGGCUCCCUCUUUAGCUACAAGUCCCCGGCCCCUCUUUCUUCAUUCCUCAAUGGGAUAAAUCCUUUUAUGGAUAGUGAGACCUCAGGGGACAUAUUCAAAUUCGAUCAAAGCGGACAAGUCAAACCGGGUUCCCGUCACUCUCCUGCAGGCCACAAGACGGCGGCUCUUGUUGGUGAUCCGCUGCAGUCUUUUUCGGCAGGACCUAGACACGGAGGUUCGGGAAGUAGCGCGUGCCAGCAUUCACUGGUGGAAGGACUGGCAGCAGCGAGACCAUCAUAG